UCACAAUCUUCGACCUGUUUCUUUCUGUCUCUCUCAAUUGCCUCGACGUUUGUAAUUUUGUCUUAUAUUAUAAUACUUAUUACUUUAAUUGCCAUUGGCACUUUUGCAGAAACCACGCUCGCCUUAUUCUGCAAGUUCUUCACCUGCAUAUGCAGUGUCGGUGAGUACCAGCACCAAUUACCUUGUCAGCCGCAGAGCAGACGACCUAUCCCACACGAACAGAUGUUCGUCGCUCGAACAGUCUCUUCCCCACUGCCCAACGUCUAAUUACUGGUCGUCAUGCCCAACGUCUGAGGCUGUCGAGUUCAGAUGUUCGAAUGGCCCUUCCCAGAGCAGAGGGCCAGAGGAGAGUGAGGCGUCGAGCAAGGUCGUACAGCUCAUUGGAUGACGAAGAUUCUUCCGAAUCGCGUGGCAAGGAGAGGGUCACGCCUGACCUAGAUGCUGCUGAACUGCGGAGAAUUCGCAUAGAAAGACUCGAGGGCAGCACAUCGACCCGCAGACGCUCAACGACCCAGAAUAUGACUUCCGAAUCGCAUGCGACGCUACCAAGUCACAAAACCUCGACAAGCCAUAGGAGGAGGAGGAAGCAUCGCCGAGACGGCGAGGAGAAGGACUAUAGGAGCUGGCGCAAGUCACUGGCGAAGGAUGAGUUUGCAGAUACCUAUGUGUAUGGAGCACCUGCAGACAGGCCUAAAUCCUCGCGCAUAAUGAUCAAGGAAACGAGGAAGCUUGGUCGAGAUGGAGAGUCUAGCGAAUCAGACAGAGAACAUGUUGUACGAUCACCUCGUGAGAGGAGGUCAGGAGAGAAAGAGAAGAAGAUCAGGGUUAUAUACGUCACAAAGGAAGAACUGAAGUCUUCGAGACACCGGCGGACAGAAAGCAGCCCAGAGCUUGCCAGAGAUUCUCUCAAGCGCAGCGGUACUCAUCAUUCUCGUCGCCCCUCUGUCGCAGACUUGCCACAUGCGCCAGAAUCACCACCUAAGAGGAGCGCAUCUACUCGACACGUCGCCGCUGAGCCGAGAGCAACAAUCAAAAGAAGCAAUACCACGACCUCACAUAUGCCGUCCUCUCGAGGCCUAGGAUCUUCAAGUGCAGGAACCAAACGAUCGAGUUUUCUUGGUGGACUCUUUGCGCCACAAGCUCCUGAACCAGAGAAGCUUGUAGAGUGCUUAACAUGCCUAUCCGACGAUAUACCUAGAUCCAAGUCAGCAAAGUUGAAAUGUGGACAUCGCAUGUGCAACUCAUGCCUGAAGAGAAUAUUUAGACUAUCUGUCAAAGACCCUCAGCACAUGCCGCCGAAAUGCUGCACUGCAGAUCACAUCCCGCUGCAGCACGUGGACAAGUUAUUUGACAUUAAUUUCAAGAAGCUAUGGAACACCAAAUUCGCAGAGUAUUCUACUAAGAAUCGCAUCUAUUGUCCAGCUCGAAAAUGUGGCGAAUGGAUACGGCCAGCUAACAUUCACAAAGAAGACGGCAAAAAAUUUGGCAAGUGUGGUCGUUGCAAGACAAAGGUAUGCUGUCAAUGUAACGGCAAAUGGCAUGGAUCGAAAGAGUGCCCCAAAGAUGAAGAAACGAAUAAGCUCCUUGAGACGGCUAAGCAAGCUGGUUGGCAACGCUGCUACAGCUGUCGAACGAUGGUUGAGCUCAAGGAAGGCUGCAACCACAUGACUUGCCGUUGCACAGCUGAAUUCUGCAUGAUAUGCGGACUGAAAUGGAAGACGUGUAAUUGCCCUUGGUUCAAUUAUGAAGCCGUCGAGGCCGAUCGAUUGAAUCACAUGCGAGUUCCAGAAGACGGUGAUAAUGAUGACGCGCCAGAGCGCCCUCGUCGUCUUCGGAGAGCCCAACCUGCUACGUAUUACGAAGAACUUACGGAACGCCAGAGGCAAGAGCGUUUAGAUGAAAGACUUGCUCGUCGACUCCAGAGAACGAAUCUAGCUGAUGACAAUAACGAUGAUGACUACCAAGGUGGUAUUGGCGAUGUCCAUGGGAUCGGAAAUGGAGCUGGCCAUUUCAUGAAUCAAGAUUAUGUUCGAGCCGCUCACAACAUUUUGACGGGUAAUUACGACCAAGCUACUGCAGCUGCAAAUUAUGUUAUGGGAGUUGCAAAUGCAAGAGGUGUACCACCACCACCUCCACCAAAUGCUGGGCAAAGAAGAAUGGCAGAUCGCUAUCCCGUUCCUCCACGAGUCGAGAGACCCUUGUCUCCCCCACCUCUCUUGCGAAGACAUUCAGCAAGAGAGCAAGCAUACAAUGCUGCGCAAACACGUGCAUCCGAAAGAGUUGUUCCGAGGAGGACGAGAACCGAUUACGAAGCGGAAGCUGCAGUCCACGCACCUCUUCCUCGAGCCGCAAGACCAGAACCUCGCCCAGCUGUUUUGGCCGGGCUAAGUGAGACUGGGAGAGCUCGCAAUCGUGUGAGUGCCUGGAGAAAUCAUGUCGAGCCUGGCCAACCUGAAGAAGGUGUCUUCGACCCUCUGAAUCCACAGCAGAAGUCUCUUCGUUACGAUCACUGCAUCGACAUACAAAAUGCUCUGCUGACCUUCCCUCGAAGCCACUCAAAUCCUUGGCCGAAAUCAAAUACACCGAACACACCUCCAACCUCACCCAACAUGCUUCUCCUCCACCAAACCGGCAGCGUCAAAAUCGGCGAAGUCGUACGAUAUACAGUCACAUACACGCCCUCACACGAUCGAAUCCUGCCUUCGCCUCCAUGCCUCUUCCUCAAAGUCAAGAAUACCUGCGCCAUCGCCCUCCGCGCUGCUUUCGUCCACGGUCCCUACACCCUAUACGCCGCGGCGUACCCGAAAGCCUUCAAGACAGACGAGCGCUUCGAACAUCCGCGGACCUUCGGCGUCCCUGAGUUCGAGCCCCAGCUCAAAGCGGGCGGGACGUGGACCUGCCGGUUGCUCGUGCCCGAAGAAGUGCGAGCGAGCGCUGGACGGGGCGGCGCGGGGGAGGAGAGCGUCAGUUGGAUCAUCGAAGUUAGUUCGCAGGUUAUAUUCUCGAACUCGGCGUCGGUGAACUACGAGAUUUUGCUGGGGAGGGAUGAGAAGAGUCUUAGUUUGGGGUUUGGGAGUAGUUUGACGGGUGGAGGGAAUGGGGGACAUGUACCGCAGCCGGGACAGCUGAGUGAUCAUCAGCAGAGCGUUGGGGCGAGGGAUGGGAGGCAUGCUGGGCAACCUAAGGGCGUGUUUAGUAAGGCUGUUACGGUUAAGGUGGAUGAUACGGCGAGUCUGUGGAAUACACCUAAGAUGCCGGAGUGGGGGGAUCUAGAAGAGGAUGGGAGGGACAGGAAAAGGCAGAAGAAGGUCCAUUUGGUGGUUCUGACGCAUGGGUUGCAUAGUAAUCUUGGGGCGGAUUUGUUGUUCUUGAAAGAGAGUAUUGACGCUACUUCGAGGCAAGCUAAGAUUGAUGCGAGAGAAAGGAGGGCGAAGCGAAGAGAGGAGGAGAAGGCGAAAGCUGAUAGAUCUGGGGAAGAUCAAGAUGAGCAUCACGCAGAGGAGCGAAAAGACGAGCAAGGCGAGACGAAAGCACCUGCACAACAGCACGAAGAGGAUCUAGAUGAGGACGAAGAUGAGGAAGAAGUCAUUGUUCGAGGAUUCUCUGGAAAUGCUGUGAGAACAGAACGAGGAAUCAAGUACCUCGGAAAACGACUAGCGAAAUAUGUCCUUCAGAUGACUUACCCUGACCAGCCCUACAAGCCAGUCACCAAGAAAUCUGCCGCGGAAGCUCUCUCCCAUGCUCUGAAACCCGACUCCUCGAAGCCGGUAGAAGAUGGCACUCCGGCGCAUAAUCACAGCACGAUCAAGAAACAGCCGUAUGAAGACAGAAAACUGGCUUACAAAAUCACGAGCAUCAGUUUCAUUGCUCAUUCGCUUGGUGGUCUCAUUCAGACAUAUGCUGUUGCAUAUAUACAGAAGCAUUCUCCCGAGUUCUUUGACAAGAUUAAGCCUGUCAAUUUCAUUGCUAUGGCUUCUCCUUUCUUAGGCCUAAGCAAUGAGAACCCAUUAUAUGUCAAAUUUGCCUUAGACUUUGGCUUGGUAGGUCGAACAGGACAAGAUCUGGGAUUGACUUGGCGACCACCCACUGUUGUUCGAAGUGGUUGGGGCGCAAUUGUUAGUGGGAUUGGAGAAAGUGCUCAUAAGAAGAUUGAUGGCGAGACAGCACCAGAAACAAAACCUCUUUUGCGAAUCUUGCCUACGGGGCCUGCUCAUAUUGUUCUCAAGAAGUUUCGAAAUAGGACAGUCUAUUCCAACGUUGUCAAUGACGGGAUUGUGCCUUUGAGAACGAGUUGUCUGCUUUUCUUGGACUGGCAAGGCUUGGGUCGUGUCGAGAAAGCUAGAAGAGAGAAUGGCCUCGUGGGAACCAUGGCUGGAUGGGGUUGGGCUGAACUCACUGGUGCCAAUUCUGGCUCUCCAUCAAGGAGGAAUUUCUCCGAUAGUGGGAUGAGCGAUCAGGAAGAUACUGAUACGAACACCCCCACAAGGCAAGGUCAUGGUGCAGAUGUGCCUCAACCACCCCUGUAUGCCACCGAAGAUGAUGAUACUGCUAGUUUGAAAAGUGUCAAGAGCAUUGACGACAAUCUUCCUCAUACAGAGACCUCGCACAACGAGGGACCUUUUUCCAGCAUCAUCAAGUUCUUCCAACCUGACAAGCCAUCAGCAAAGUCUCACCACCACGCUCCCAAGUACCCUAAGAUCUACAAACGAAGUCAAACUAUCCGAAUGAACAGCGAUUCUUCAAUUUCCACUUUGGCAAAACAACACCCUUCACAAACUGCACGUGGAAAGGCUACAACGGGCGAUGCUGAACAUGAUGACCCCGACAGUCUUUCUGCGCCCCCAAAGACAACUUUCUUCGAAUCUGCUGGCGAUGUCUUGAAACCACCUCUUCCAUCUGUCGACUUUCUCAUUGAUCCGUCAUCUCGACCUCGAACUAUAUUCCACGACCGAGUCUAUCAUCCAGAGGACAUCCCACCUCCACCUCUCAAGAAACGUCCGACCUCUUCACUCAUGCUCCGCCGUCGUUCGUCAGUGGGUAAUUCGGGGGUCUCGGGUGCCUCGGUUGGCUCAGACCCCUUUCCAACCAGCCCGCCUGCUCACACAGACUCUUCACUUUCAGCUCGAGACUACGACGACACGCGACACACAAAUCCAGAGAAAGACCCUCGAGAAGUCGUCGACGGCUCAGCAAUGAAAGUUGAAGAAAAGAUUGCAAGAGCCUACCAUCGUGAUCUCUCUUGGCGCAAAGUCCUCGUUCGUCUCGAACCAGAUGCUCAUAACAACAUGAUCGUACGCCGUAUGUUCGCCAACGCAUACGGAUGGCCCGUUGUCAAACAUCUCUGUGAUACCCAUUUCAGCGACAGCGCAGCAGCCAAAACCCGCGAUGAAGACGAAGGAAACGAAGAAAGAGCAAAGGGAGAAAACGAACGACCAAGUAAAGACGGCAGAGAAACCAACGACGCAAAUGUCCACUCUCACCAUGAGCCUGAACACAUGAAAAUGCUAAGCCCCGAAGAUAGAACCGAUUCCGAAGCCCGAGAAGCUAAAGAUUCCGUCCCAGCCCUCAUCUCGGACCCCAAACCAAAUAGUCUUGGCAAAGCAUUGGCCGGAAAUAGCCUUAGUCUUCCUGGGGAGAGAAGACCACUUCCCGAACGCGCGGAAAGCGGGACGGAGUGGAGUGAUAGAGAUUGGGCGGAUAGCGAAUUAGAUAGUGAAGAUGAGGAGGAUAGAGCGAAGAGGGAUUCGGGGGAGGCGAGGAAGGGGUGGAAUUGGACGGAAGCGAUAGCCGGGAAGGGGGCAACAAGUCCAAGGGGCACGGAUAAGGCGGAAGUUGAGAGAUUCUUGGGGAAGAAGAAGAAGGAAGAACAGGAGUUGAGGAGUGAUGCUGCGGCGGCGAGGGUGCUGAGUGGGGAGGCGGCGGGGAUGGGAUUAGGCUUGCAGCCAUUGGGGUUGGAUAGGGAUGGGGAGGGGGUUGCAGGAAAGGGGAAGAAUGUAGAUUCGCAUGAUUCGUGA